AUGUCUUCCGUACGUAAAACGACCAUUCCAAACCCCCAUGCCAGAACUAACCAGCAGUUUCAACCGAUUAAUCCCAAGCCGUUUUUGAAAACGCUUCUAAACAAACAGGUGAUUGUCCGUUUGAAAUGGAACAAAACAGAGUACAAGGGCACGCUUUUAUCCAUCGACAACUACAUGAACCUACAGCUUGACGAGACUUAUGAAGUGAUCCGGGACGAGAACGGGAAGCGAGAAGAAAAGAUUGGCGAGAUCUUCAUUCGAUGCAACAACGUUCUUUUCGUCCGCGAAGACCCAGACUCCAUGAGCGAGGAAGCUUGA